AUGCCUCGAGAAGAAGGGCGCCAUGUGGAACGAGUCGUUCCGAAUUCCGAGAGAUUCCGAGACGAGAGACGAGAGAAUCCUCUGCGUCGUGAUGGAUGCCAGCUGCCUCGCGCAACGGAGAUAUCCUCUAUCCUUGGCGAUCUCCCGUCACGGCGGAAAGGCAUUCGAGGAUCUGACAGGUCCCCGAUGCUCUCGUUCCGUCGGUCUCCGUCGGCCUCGUUCGAGGAGAACGUUCCGUCUCGAACGGGGAGAGCCUUUGGACGAUCUCUCCGAUUUCUCGUCCUCGUUGCUCUUCUUCCCGCCUUCGUAAAUGCGAAACUCGGGCCAAGAAAUCGAAGUCGAUUCCCGGAAGACUCGUCUCCUUCGCAUCGCGGUCUCGUUCGGGGAAACGUUUCGGCGGAACGACGAAGUUCGUUCGAUGACGAGUCCCUUCUGUCGUUCUCGAAACCGAAGAGAGACCCGGAUGCGGAUCGAAAGGGACUCUCGCGACACGCACCGCCCGGAACUCCCGAGCGCCGAACGAAUUCCGGUCGUUCCGGGAUCGGCAACCCGCUUCCUCGGGAAACGGCCCUCGAUCGUGGGCACGGAGGUCUGAACGAAAAGCGUCUCCUGCAUUACCUCUUGGAUCACUACAACGUGCUGGAGAGACCGGUGGCCAAUGAAUCCGAUCCCCUGGUCCUCAGCUUCGGCCUCACCCUCAUGCAGAUCAUCGACGUGGGGGCAGAGGAAUCCACGACUCGGAAGGUUCGCGGAAAGAAAGAAAGGUUGCGGGCAUCCAUACGGACGAAAGAGCGAGCAGAAGCAAAGAAUUCGUGCAAGGACUACGCUCUUGCCUCGUAA